AUGGCUGCAGUGCAAGAGGCAAGACGUGAACCUAUUCAGGCCGUCCAAGUUUUUGGCCGCAAGAAAACAGCGACCGCGGUUGCUUACUGCAAACGCGGCCAUGGGGUACUCCGUGUGAACGGGCGCCCGCUUGAUCUUGUGGAGCCGCGUCUUCUACAGUACAAACUGCAGGAGCCCAUCCUACUCCUCGGCAAGGAGAAGUUCUCCGGUGUUGACAUCAGAGUUACAGUGAAGGGUGGUGGUCAUGUAGCACAAGUGUACGCCAUCAGACAGGCUAUCUCAAAGGCUCUCAUCGCCUUUUACCAGAAAUAUGUAGAUGAAGCAUCCAAAAAAGAAAUUAAGGACAUCCUUGUCCAAUACGACAGGAGUUUGUUGGUUGCUGACCCUCGUCGCUGCGAGCCCAAAAAGUUCGGAGGUCCAGGCGCCCGUGCCAGAUACCAGAAAUCCUACCGU